AGUUUUUUGGCGAAAAGCACCCGUGAAAGCAAAUAAGAGCUUACUAACCAAUUGAGCGAAAAGCUUAAUAAAACUAUUUAGUUUGAGCUCGUCUGCGCUCGUGUGCGGUUUGUUUUUGAUAUUUGCGACAUUUGAGGCUAUUGCGUUUUUUCUCAAUACUAUAACUAUAUAAACUAGUUAAGACUAGUUCGUCAAUAUGUGGACGUCCAAAGUACCCAGCCAACAGCUCAACAAUAAGCAUCAGCUGUUCAAAGGGCGCCUACUAACUGUGGGCAGUGCACUCCAGCGGCAUCAGCAGCAGAACCAUUGGGAAGAAUUGUUGGAAACAACGCCGACGCGCAGCGAUGAGGAAUGGAUGCAGGCGAAAGCCUAUGCGGAACUACCUGGACCAGGUGCUUGGCGUCUGCUCUCCUACUUCCUGCCAGGCGGAAAACUCUACAAUACGAAUCUGAUACAAAUGAAUCGCCGCAUGCGUGAGUGGUACGGCGAUAUAUACCGUCUGCCCGGUCUACUGGGCAAAAAUGAUGUUAUAUUCACCUAUAAUCCGAAAGACUUUGAGUCGACCUACAGAAAUGAAGGCAUUUGGCCUAUACGCAUUGGUCUAGAGAGUUUUACCUACUAUCGCAAAGUGAUUCGACCAGAUGUUUUUGGCGGCAUUGGCGGACUAGUAUCCGAACAAGGCAAAUCCUGGGCGGAUAUACGGAAUAAGGUGAAUCCGGUGCUGAUGAAGGUGCAAAAUGUCAGACAGAAUCUGCCGCAAAUCGAUCAAAUAUCCAAAGAGUUCAUUGACAAAUUGGAAACCCUACGUAAUACGGCCACGCACACACUCAACGCUGACUUUCAUGAACAGCUCAAGAUGUGGGCCUUUGAAUCGAUCAGUUUUGUGGCGCUAAAUACACGCAUGGGUCUACUGAGCGAUCAACCAGACCCAAAUGCCGCACGCUUAGCCCAGCAUAUGUCGGAGUUCUUCAAUUAUAGCUUCACGUACGAUGUACAGCCAUCGAUUUGGCCGUAUUACCAAAUGCCUGAGUUUAAGAAAUUCCUGAAGACCUACGAUCACAUCACAGAGAUUACGACUAACUACAUAGAGGCGGCUAUAAAGCGAUUCGACGACGCGCAGCAAUCGGACACUAAAUGCGUACUACAGCAGCUGUUGGCCCUGAAUAAACAGGUGGCAGUGGUCAUGGCUAUGGAUAUGCUAAUGGCUGGCAUAGAUACGACGUCUUCAGCCUUUGUGACCGUGCUGUAUCAUCUGGCGUGCAAUCCCGAGAAGCAAUCGCAGCUGCAUCGCGAACUGCGGCGCAUUUUGCCCAGCUGCGAGGAUGCUCUGACCGCGGAGAAUACCAAAAAUAUGCCCUAUUUGCGCGCCUGCAUUAAGGAGGGUCUCAGGAUUACGUCCAUAACGCCGGGCAACUUCCGCAUAACUACCAAGGAUCUAGUGCUAUCCGGCUAUCGUGUGCCCCGUGGCACGGGCGUUCUCAUGGGCGUACUGGAGCUCUCCAAUAGCGAUGAAUACUUCGCUAGCAGUGCACAGUUUGUGCCCGAGCGUUGGCUCAAAUCGGAUUCGGAUGUGGAUGUGGAUGUGAAGGCAUGCCCGGAGGCGCGUAGUCGUAAUCCGUUUGUUUAUUUACCCUUUGGCUUUGGGCCACGCACUUGCAUAGGCAAACGCAUCGCUGAGCUGGAAAUGGAGACGCUGCUGGCACGGCUGCUGCGCCGCUACAAGAUCAGCUGGCUGGCCGAGACGCCGCUGCAGUAUGAAAGCACAAUAAUACUCUCGCCACAUGGGGAUAUACGCUUCAAGUUCGAGCCGCAUUCUGUUUAGAGAGUUGAGAAUAACAAAGC